AUGAAUGCAAUCGACUCGUCUGCUACCCAAAUUUUAUACGAAAUCAUUAAAAAGUACAUCGAGGUUAACGAAAUCUCCGUAUGUUUUUCAAGAGUAGCAAUGAGUAAAGAUAUACGUCAUAAGUUUAAAAAGCUGGGGAUAAUCGAUCUUGUUAAUAAUAGUUAUAAAGCCUACGAGAAUUCAAAUAAUGUACGCAGCAAACCUGCUUCUGAAAACGGAAGUUCUACUAAUUUAUAUUCAUAUGGAACCUCUUCUGGUAUGGAAGACGGUUUCUUCCUUAGCAUAGAUGAGGCCAUAAAGGCGUUCGGCUUACAAAAUGUUUAG